CAACAAAGACACAGUAUGGAAGCCAUUGCCAAGUUUGAUUUCUGUGCUUCGGGAGAGGAUGAGCUGAGCUUCCAGGCUGGGGAUAUGUUGAAGAUUUUAAGCUCCCAGGAAGAGUGGUACAAAGCUGAGCUGAGAAAUCAGGAGGGCUACGUUCCUAAGAACUUCAUUGAUUUUCACGUUCCCCCCUGGUUUGAUGAGAGAAUAUCCCGCCAUGAAGCAGAGAACAACCUUAUGAGCAAAGGAAUUGGUUCCUUUAUCGUCCGAGCUAGUCAGAACUCUCAUGGUGACUUCUCCAUCUCUGUCAGGCAUGAAGAUGACGUACAGCACUUCAAAGUGAUGAGGGAUUCAAAAGGUAACUACUACUUGUGGACAGAGAAAUUCCAGUCACUAGACAAGCUGGUGGACUACUACAAGACAACCUCCAUCUCCAGGCAGAAGCAGAUCUUCCUGAGGGAUGACAGCCGAGGAGAGAAGGAGAGGCAUGGUGGGAGCCUGGAACGGAUGGGCCGGGAAGGACUCCACCUGGGUGGAGCAGCUGGAGAUGUUCAUCAUUCUACAUCCAAGAGAUACGUAGAGCAUUCUGUCCCCGUAUCGCACCAGCAACAGGAUAGAUAUGGUGGGAGCCUGGACAGGAAAGAUGGGCUGCAUGGACAUACAGAUUAUAACACAGGAAGGGCAGCAGCUGUGCAGCGGAGACACACAGACCCAUUGCACCAGCCAGCACCACGAACGCUCUGGGUCCGUGCCUUGUACGACUUUGAUGCUGUGGAGCAUGACGAGCUGGGUUUCCGCACUGGAGACAUCUUAGAGGUCCUGGACAACUCCAACCCAUCCUGGUGGAAGGGACGCCUGCGUGGAGAAUUGGGUCUCUUCCCUUCCAACUACGUCGCACCAAUGCACCUCUGAGGGCACAGAGUGCCCCAAAGGGCCGUUCUGGAGCUGCUCUGAUGUGACAGGGACAGAGUCGGAGCACAUCUUCCCUUGUCCCUGGGACAUACAAUGUUUUUGUUAUUGUCUUAAUUUAUUGGCAAUUGAUCUUUUGAAGCAUUGGUAUGAAAAGGAACCUGUGGAAGAAGGUAGAGUUUUAUUCCUUGUGCUUUACUUUCAUGAUAGGGGAAAGAGCAAGAAUCCUGGAUUGUUCAUUGGGACUUUGCUGGAUCCUCCCUUCCCUGUCAUUCCUUGGCUAAGUAUUGAUAAGUUACUGCAAUUAGGUUUGUCCUGUGGAAAUGCAGGUUAGGCUUCUAUAUUUAGGCAGCCCCACCUCUAUCUUCUGGAUCCGGUAGCACACACAGCCCCUUUGGACUCCAUGUCAUGUUUCUUUCACCUUUUCCCUCAAUGCACAGAGGCAGGAAAAACACAUAGGUUAAUCAAAUGAGGGUUGGUAAUCCUU